AUGACUACAUAUGUAUCUCUAACUCGAAGCGGCAUUCCGCGCUUCAUCCCCCCUCAGUAUCGUAAGAUUCUUCGAAGAGGAGAUGAUCCGAGGGUCAUUCGAGUAGUGCUCUCAAUUUGUGCACUGUCUCGUCUGAUUAAGGUUGUUCCGAAACGGGGGUUGAGAGUCAAUCCCUCAACCAUCCACAUUCCAAACUUCCAACUCGGAGAGCCUGCGCAGAAGCUCUGUGUUAAGCUACUAACAUCGGGCUUCUCGAUGCUAGGCGCGUAUGCUCCAGCCUAUCGGAAAAUCCCGUUGAGACUGGGAUUCUCCUUUAAGCCUAUGUUCACUUCCGGUCCGAACACAACCAAGGAUUUCCGAAAGGAGUCCUCUGUUAAGCUACGGAACAGCGUGCCACUAGCGGAGAAGUGGAAGAAGUUUCAAAUGACUAUCUACCACUCCCUGCCAGUGGACGCCUCUGCGCUUUUCACAUUGUUUAAGCCAGAGGAUCUCGCUGUUAUAGGAUCUCUAUGGUUCUCUGACCGGGAAAUCAUUCCUGAUUCCGGUUAUGAUAACCCUGUUGAUCCCGUUAAGGAAGGAACGGACGGUUUUGGUUGGUUGAUUAAUUCGUUACUGCCUCCAGCGCAAGCUUUAUGGUGGGACACGAUGGUUACCCGACCUGAGGCUGGACGCUUUGGGCGUAAACUUGAGGGGAGUGGUAAGAUUCGGCUGUUCGCGAUUGCGAACCCGAUCUUUCAGACGCUGUUAAGGCCUCUGCACGAUUGGGUUAUGAAGGUCCUUUCCACCAUUAAGAUGGAUGGGACUUUCAACCAGCUGGCACCACUGCACCGCCUUAAGGGUAUGAAGGAUUUAUAUUCCUUCGAUCUUAAGUCGGCGCAGGUAGAGGAGGGCCUCCUGCCUGUAGAUCUUUCUGGAUCUUUGCUGGCUAGUCUGUUCGGUGAUUCCUUGGCUCAAUCAUGGUGCUUUUUGAUGACCAUGGUUGGGUUUCGGAGUCCUGACAGACUACCAUCAAGGUUGAAGGCGAGAGUCUACCGGUUUACUCGGGGUCAGCCCCUCGGUUACUACUCAUCAUGGCCGGUCUUCACACUUACGCACCAUGCGUUGGUGUGGUUGGCCGCCUAUGAGGUGUAUCCAGGGCGGAGAUUCGAGGAUUAUGCUAUCCUCGGUGAUGAUAUAGUUAUCGCCGAUCGGAAAGUGGCGUUAGAAUAUCAGAGGAUCAUGGAAGAAGCACAAGGGAUCAGAGUGGGGAGUGAUCGUUUAUUCGACCACCUCUCGCUCCGAUGGAAGAGGCACUGGUUAACUCUGUUUUCUACGUCCGGCAUCCACCCUCUCCCUUUCAAGUUGUGGUUAGCAUAUCCUGAAAAGGGUAUUCUUAACUGCUACGAGGAAGGUGCAGUAAGGGCGUUCAUCCUGGGUCGUGUUGAGCCUAAAGAUUUAGACGAAAAGUCUAUCUCUGAACUCAACACAUUCUGGGUGAAUGAUGAUGAUAUGAUGCUGGAGAGACUUUGA